CCGAGGCUGCCCGCCUAUAGGCUGAAGCAGCGGCAACAGCUGAGAAGCAGCGGCUACAGGCCGAAGCAGACGCASAUACCCAGGCACGCCRCAAGGAGGCCCAGGAUCUGCUGCAGCGGCAUCGAAAGACUCAAGUUCUGGCACUUUGAACCGUCCAACGGCGACGACGCAACACCGGAAGAGCAGCAUAAGGAGUUCCUCUCCAAACUCGUGACACGGUUGUUGUACGCUUGCAACUACCAACGGUCCGAGUUAGAGAGACAGAACCAGGAACUGCAGCAACAGUACCAGGAUCUGAAGACACAGCACCAGGAGUUGGCGAACCUCCGCCGGAUAGUGCAGAGCCACGAGGAUGCUACACGGUCACUCAAUUCCCGUGUACUGGACCUGGAGCAAGCCAUACCAGGACCAGAUACUGGCGAGUCCAGUAGUGCACCCUCUCACCGCCAACUGGAGCAACGCGUCGACCACGUCGUCGCAAUGCUCGGCGACAUCAGCACCUUCGCUGGGCCGACCACCAUCAGCAAUCAGCUGGAUACUUUGAAGACCGAGGUCCAGCAAGUGCAGUCGAUGAACACGGAUGGCAACAAUCCAAAGCAAUACAAGAUGCCAACUUUUCAACUUGAGAAGUUCGACGACUACACKCAUCAGGACCCGGUGCUCUGGCGGGAAGCUUUCACGACGCAACUUCGGAUUCUGCCUGUCGCCAAGCACGCGUACAUCAGCGCCCUGUUCAUGAAGUCAAAGGGCGGAUGCCAAAUCUGGUUAACCCACCUGGCAGCCACCCACGGCGUCGACGUCGCAGAUCUGAAAGACAAGAUCACAUGGGAAGAGUUAACAUGGCUGUGGAAGAAGCGGUUCAUCAUCGACGACGCACCAGCACUCGCCAUCAACCGUCUCUUCACCAUGACUCAAGGCAACACAGCAACACGUGACUGGCUAACGGAAUGGCAGAAGAUCGCGGCAACGCCCGAUCUUGACGUACCAUUUCUGCAUCUGCGCUGUGAGUUCUACAACAGGUCAUGCGCUGCAUUGAGCCAGGCACUUGGUGAUCGCGAGCAGUAUGCAACUKUCACCGAGAUUAUUGACAAGGCGAGAGAGAUCAUCAAGACCAAUAGGGCGGCUUCACACGGGUGGUCAACAUGGCAGCCGACCUAUGUGGAGAAGGUAAAGACURGUCCACGACCGCAGCAUGUCGCUGCAGUCCAAUCGGACAGUGGAGAAGACGCGGCAGCCACCCAAGCGUCACGUGAGGGAGAUCAGGUGGCUGCUGUCCAGCCGCGAAGCAACAACAUGCCCCGAGUAAACGGGAAGGCGAAACCAGCAUCGCAGGCUGGAAACGGACAGCCAACACCAUGGGUCAAGUUCAACUUGACCGAGGCCGAGUACAAGUACCGCGGUCGUUACGGCUGCUGUUACUGGUGCAACAACACCAAGCCCAAGACCUCCCUUUGCCAGAAUCAGGCCAAGGAGGAUGUGCGGCCUCGUCUUAGCUCGGGAAACUGAGUUUCGCAGGAG